CUGGCCAUCGCCAUCACAGCAAAUUUUAUCAACCGAAAUACAACAGCAGAGGCCAAAGUGGAAGAAAUCAGCGGUGUGGCUUUUAUAUUCAACCAGAAAUUCUUCCAGGAACUGAGGGAAGCCACAGGCUGCCCUGAUGCACCUUCAUCUCAGCAAACUCUUACAUGCACACGUUUGUCUUCUGGCCCCAGGUAUUGACUUGGAGAACAUCGUUUACUACAAAGACGACACACACUAUUUUGUUAUGACAGCCAAAAAGCAGAGUUUACUGGACAAAGGAGUGAUACUGCAUGACUACGCCGACACAGAGCUCCUGCUUUCCCGGGAGAACGUGGACCAGGAGGCUCUGCUCAGCUAUGCCAGGGAGGCGGCAGACUUCUCCACCCAGCAGCAGCUGCCCUCUCUGGAUUUUGCCAUCAAUCACUACGGGCAGCCCGACGUGGCCAUGUUUGACUUCACUUGUAUGUAUGCCUCCGAGAAUGCUGCCUUGGUCCGGGAGCAGAACGGACACCAGUUACUAGUGGCUCUGGUUGGGGACAGCCUCCUAGAGCCUUUCUGGCCCAUGGGAACAGGAAUAGCCCGGGGCUUUCUAGCUGCUAUGGACUCUGCCUGGAUGGUCCGAAGUUGGUCUCUAGGAAGAAGCCCUUUGGAAGUGCUGGCAGAGAGGGAGAGUAUUUAUAGGUUGCUGCCUCAGACUACCCCUGAAAAUGUGAGUAAGAACUUCAGCCAAUAUAGUAUCGACCCAGUCACUCGGUAUCCCAAUAUCAACAUCAACUUCCUCCGGCCAAGCCAGGUACGCCAUUUGUAUGAUACUGGCGAAACAAAAGAUAUUCACCUGGAAAUGGAGAGCCUGGUGAAUUCCCGAACUACCCCCAAGUUGACUCGCAAUGAGUCUGUAGCUCGUUCAAGCAAACUGCUGGGUUGGUGCCAGAGGCAGACAGAUGGCUAUGCAGGGGUAAACGUGACAGAUCUCACCAUGUCUUGGAAAAGUGGCUUGGCCCUUUGUGCAAUUAUCCAUAGAUACCGCCCUGACCUGAUAGAUUUUGAUUCUUUGGAUGAGCAAAAUGUGGAGAAGAAUAACCAACUGGCCUUCGACAUUGCCGAGAAGGAAUUGGGCAUUUCUCCCAUCAUGACAGGCAAAGAAAUGGCCUCCGUCGGGGAGCCCGAUAAGCUGUCCAUGGUGAUGUACCUGACGCAGUUCUACGAGAUGUUUAAGGACUCCCUCCCCUCUAGCGACACUUUGGACUUGAAUGCCGAGGAGAAGGCAGUCCUGAUAGCCAGCACCAGAUCCCCCAUCUCCUUCCUAAGCAAGCUGGGCCAGACCAUCUCUCGGAAGCGUUCUCCCAAGGAUAAAAAGGAAAAGGACUUGGAUGGUGCUGGUAAGAGGAGGAAGACCAGUCAGUCAGAGGAGGAGGAAGCUCCCCGGGGCCACAGAGGAGAAAGACCAAGCCUGGUGAGCACUCUGACGGACAGGAGGAUGGACGCUGCCCUUGGGAACCAGAACAAAGUGAAGUACAUGGCAACCCAGCUGCUGGCCAAAUUUGAGGAGAAUGCGCCCGCCCAGUCCGUCAGCAUCCGGAGACAGCCGACACAAGAGCGUGGGGCCAGCCAGCCGUCCUGCUGCCUGCCUGGGCAGGGUCGCCCUGCCCCCACACCCCAGUGGAAACAGCCACGGGAAAAGGAGUGUUCUCGGACCUGCCCCAAAAAAGUGAUCACCCUGUCUCCUCCCCUUACUCCACCUCCCUGUCGGGCGUGUGGCGGCCAGCAGACAUACAGGGAUCUUGAUGCUGACAGCCGUGGCAAGCAGAGCCCCCACCAUGAGAGGCCAGAGCCUGAACCUCCUCGUCGAUUUUUUGUCGACCAGUGGGAGCUUUCUCUUAGUCUCCGCUCCUCCGCCCGCCCUGCCUCUCCCUCCUCCGACUCCCUCCGACAGAAGUAUAUAAAGAUGUACACGGGCGGAGUGAGCUCAUUGGCUGAGCAGAUAGCCAAUCAGCUUCAAAGGAAAGAGCAGCCCAAAGCCCUUCUAGACAAGAAGGAACUGGGCUCCAUGAAGAAGGAGUUCCCGCAGAACCUGGGAGGCAGCGACACGUGCUACUUCUGCCAGAAGCGGGUCUACGUGAUGGAGAGGCUGAGUGCCGAGGGCAAGUUCUUCCAUCGGAGCUGCUUCAAGUGCGAGUACUGCGCCACCACCCUGCGCCUCUCAGCCUACGCCUACGACAUCGAGGACGGUAAAUUCUACUGUAAGCCACACUACUGCUAUCGGCUCUCUGGCUACGCACAGAGGAAGAGACCAGCGGUGGCUCCCCUGUCUGGACAGGAGGCCAAAGGAUCCCUGCAGGAUGGCCUCACCACAGACGCAACUGGACGGGCCAACGCAGUGGCCGGCUCGACUGAGAGAACCCCAGGUUCGGGCGUGAACGGCCUGGAGGAGCCCAGCAUCGCCAAGCGGCUGAGGGGCACCCCGGAGCGGAUUGAGCUGGAGAACUACCGCCUAUCCCUGAAGCAGGCGGAGGCGCUGCAGGAGGUGCCCGAAGAGACACAGGCUGAGCACAACCUGAGCAGUGUGCUGGACACGGGCGCCGAGGAGGACGUCGCCAGCAGCAGUUCCGAGUCUGAGAUGGAGGAGGAGGAAGAGGAGGAGGAGGAGGAGGCGGCUCGCCUGCCCCCCUCUGACCUGGGCGGCGUUCCGUGGAAGGAGGCUGUGCGGAUCCACGCCCUUCUGAAAGGGAAGAGUGAAGAGGAGCUAGAGGCCUUGAAGAGCUUUGGGCCUGGGAAUGAAGAGGAGGAGGAGGAAGAGGAGGAGGAGGAAGAGGAAGAGGAGGAGGACUAUGACGAGGAAGAGGAGGAGGAGUCCAGUGAAGCCGGGAACCAGAGGCUCCAGCAGGUCAUGCACGCGGCGGAUCCUCUGGAGAUCCAGGCCGACGUGCACUGGACUCACAUCCGUGAGAGGGAGGAGGAAGAGAGGAUGGCGCCCACCUCCGAGUCCUCUGCCUCCAGAGUGCCCGACCUUCCCUCCGUACGCCGCGCGGCGGUGCAGGCCUGGCUGGAGACGGUCUCCGGAGCCCCGUUGGAUGAGAAUGACCUAGAGGAAGAUGUGGACUCGGAACCAGCCGAGAUAGAAGGCGAGGCAGCAGAGGAUGGGGACCCAGGGGACACUGGUGCUGAGCUGGAUGAUGAUCAGCACUGGGCCGACAGCCCGUCGGAGGCCGACAGAGAGCCGCAUCUGCAGCGCCCGGCUGAGGGGAAGGAGCCGGAGCUGAGGGCGCCAGAAGAUGAGGAGAAGCCCAUCUCAGCGAAGCAACACGAGAGAGGUCCCUCCCAAGCCACCAGCCCCAUCCGGUCCCCUCGGGAAUCAGCUCUUCUGUUCACUCCGGUCCACAGCCCCAAAACAGAGGGGCCCCGACUCCCACUUGUUCCUGCCGCCACCCAGGAGAAACCACCCGAGAAGCACUUUUUCCCUGAGCCUUUGCUUCCCAAAGAGAAGUCCAAAGCUGACGCCCCCUCAGAUCCGAGAGCUGUGCACUCUCCCAUCCGAUCACAGCCAGUGGCCCUGCCGGAAGCCAGGACUCCUGCCUCACCAGGGAGCCCACAGCCCCGGCCACCCCUGGCGGCCUCCACACCCCCACCCAGCCCACUCCCCAUCUGCUCCCAGCCCCAGCCUUCCACCGAGGUCACCGUCCCGUCCCCUACCCAGUCCCCCAUUCGCUUCCAGCCUGUCCCAGCCAAAGCAUCCACCCCACUGGCCCCUCUCCCUGUCCAAAGCCAAGGUGACCCUGAGGACAGACUGGGCAGCCCCCCUGCUGUGGACGAGGCCCUCAGACGGAGCGACCUGGUGGAGGAGUUCUGGAUGAAGAGCGCGGAGAUCCGCCGCAGCCUGGGGCUCACACCUGUGGACCGCAGCAAGGGGCCCCAACCCAGCUUCCCCACGCCUGCCUUCAGGCCAGUGUCCCUCAAGUCCUAUUCCGUUGAAAAGUCCCCCCAGGAUGAGGGACUCCACCUCCUCAAGCCUCUGCCUGUCCCCAAAAGAACGGGCCUGCCAACGCUAGAGGGUGAACUCUUGUCCCUGCCACCACCCCGGUCCCCGUCCGACAGGGAGCUACGCAGUGCGCAGGAGGAGCGCAGGGAGCUGUCCAGCAGCUCUGGCCUGGGCCUGCAGGGGAGCUCCUCCAACAUGAAGACGCUGGGCAGCCAGAGCUUCAACACCUCAGACUCCGCCAUGCUCACGCCCCCCUCCAGCCCGCCCCCGCCCCCACCCCCGGGUGAGGAACCCGCCACCCUGCGGAGGAAGCUCAGGGAGGCCGAACCCAACGCCUCGGUGGUCCCACAGCCCUCACCUGCCACAUGGAUGAGGCCCCCCCGGGAGCCUGCCCAGCCCCACAGAGAGGAAGUGCGGAAAUCUUUCGUGGAGAGCGUGGAGGAGAUCCCCUUUGCUGAUGACGUGGAAGACACCUACGACGACAAGACUGAGGACUCGAGCCUACAGGAGAAGUUCUUCACGCCCCCCUCCUGCUGGCUGCACCCUGAGAAGCCUCCCCACCCAUCCAUGGCCAAGGAGAACGGGAGGCUGCCUGCUCUGGAGGGGGCGCUGCAGCCACAGAAGAGGGGGCUGCCCUUGGUCUCCGCUGAAGCCAAGGAGCUGGCGGAGGAGCGCAUGCGAGCCAGGGAGAAGUCCGUGAAGAGCCAGGCGCUGAGGGACGCCAUGGCCAGGCAGCUGAGCAGGAUGCAGCAGAUGGAGCUGGCCACAGGCACCCCCAGGCCGCGCAAGGUGUCAUCGGCACCCUCCCAGGGCAAGGAGCGCCGGCCCGACUCCCCCACCCGCCCCACUCUCAGGGGCUCUGAGGAGCCCACCCUGAAGCAUGAAGCCACCAGCGAGGAGGUCCUCUCCGCACCAUCGGACUCGGGGGGCGCAGAUGGCUCUUUCACUUCGUCCGAGGGCUCCAGUGGGAAGAGCAAGAAGAGGUCAUCACUCUUCUCCCCCCGCAGAAAUAAGAAGGAGAAGAAGUCCAAAGGCGAGGCCCGGCCCCCGGAAAAGCCCAGCCCCAGCCUCCCAGAGGAGGCCGCCACCAAACCCAAGUCCCUGUGGAAGUCGGUAUUCUCCGGGUACAGGAAGGACAAGAAGAAGAAGGCCGACGACAAGUCCUGCCCCAGCACCCCCUCCAGCGGGGCCACAGUGGACUCCGGCAAGCACAGGGCACUGCCCAUCGUGAGGGCAGAGCUGCAGCUCCGGCGCCAGCUGAGCUUCUCCGAGGACUCGGACCUCUCCAGCGACGAUGUCCUUGACAGGUCCUCGCAGAAGUCCCGGCGAGAGUCGAUUUAUGUACCACACGCCUUGGCAUUCAGGAGAUCAUAUGCAUCAAAGCCAAGAACCUACACAGAGGAGGAGCUGAACGCCAAGCUGACCCGGCGUGUGCAGAAGGCAGCUCGGAGACAGGCCAAGCAGGAGGAGCUUAAGCGGCUGCAUCGAGCCCAGAUCAUCCAGCGGCAGCUGCAGCAGGUGGAGGAGAGGCAACGGCGGCUGGAGGAAAGGGGCGUGGCCGUGGAGAAGGCGCUGCGGGGCGAAGCAGACUAUUGGGGAGAGUCUUAUUACAGUGACCUCAUCGACUUGCAUCUGGGUGUUGAGCCCAGUGGCGGGACUCCACGGCGUAGACCUCUCUCCUUCUGCCCUUGCUGUGUCCAGGAAGGCAUGGGCAAGAAGGACGACCCCAAGCUGAUGCAGGAGUGGUUCAAGCUCGUGCAGGAGAAGAAUGCCAUGGUGCGCUACGAGUCGGAGCUGAUGAUCUUUGCCCGGGAGCUGGAGCUGGAAGACCGACAGAGCCGACUGCAGCAGGAGCUCCGGGAGCGCAUGGCAGUGGAAGAUCACCUUAAGACCGAGGAGGAACUGUCAGAAGAGAAGCAGAUUCUCAAUGAGAUGCUGGAGGUGGUGGAGCAGAGAGACUCGCUGGUGGCGCUACUGGAGGAGCAGCGGCUCCGGGAGAGGGAGGAGGACAAGGACCUGGAGGCUGCCAUGCUGUCCAAGGGCUUCAGCCUGAACUGGUCCUGAGCUCCCACCCAGCGCUCCGUUGGCUGUUGGCAUCCGCCUGGCCAGUCAGUGGCCUCCAAACCACCUGGAGCCGCAAUCUGAGGAGGCCUGGCACCUCCUUGGAGUUUACGCUCAGUGCUGUGUGCUGCCCGGAAAGUGGCCGAGUCCCGUGAGCCGUGGGGAGCCCCAGGUGAUGGUGGUUAUCUGAGACAGCUCCACCUCCUGGGAGGAGGCCCACCUGGACCUCCCGCUCGGGGGAGGAACACGGCCUGCGUGGCCUGACGCAGGGGACCCCGCACGCUCCGAGGACGCGCUGCUGUGCCCCUUUCUUCCACUGGCACAUUUGGUAAGAGAGGGAAGCUGCUCCCAUCAGAACCACAGCCCGCUGCCACAGCAUGGGCGGGGCACCGUCAUCUUCCUGCUUCCUGGAGCACCACCAAAGAAAUGAAAACGAUACGCCACGAGAGCAGGGUGCGAUCGAGACCAGGAUGGGGAGGUCACCAGCUGUGCCCACCGCAGCAUCACAGGAGACAUGGAGGUGCCUGCAGGCUCCGGGAUUGACUAUGCAAAUUAGGAGGAGGCAGGAGAGGUCUGCCCCCCCGGCCCAGCACCAUGCUGGACCCCAAGUGGCCAAAUGCCGGUGCCUCUGGCUGGCUGUGGCCUGAGGCCUGUGGGUUGCUGCAUUUUGCUUGUAGUUCACAACUAUUCUGACACUGGAAAAUGCUGACCUUGGUGGACGGGAUGAGGCCCUACAUUCUACGCCCCCAGCUGGCAGACAGGCCCUGUCCCUGCUCCACACUUUAUGUCGGGGAGGAGAUGACCUUUUCCUCAGUUUUUUCCCGUGUUUGCACAUUGAAAUGAAGCUGACAGCCUGGCAGGACGCUCAGCCGCUUCGGACCCCUUCUAUCAAUUAACUUAUUUUUUUAAUACUUGAAGUCACUUCAUUUGUGUAUCUUUACCAGAGACACUGAGCACCUGGCACCCGGGUACGGGAGCCGCAACGGCAUCUGCUGCGUCCUGCGUGACCCCGCCAGGGGCUGCCAGGUGCUCACCGUGUGCAUCUAUUUAUUAGCCUUCCUCUUCAUGUCACUGGCUCAGCUGGCAUCAGGGAGCUGCCCAGGACCCCGGCGGGUACUGCUCACAGCUUUCUGUCCCCUUCCUCCUCCCAGUGUCUGCCUCACCCUGCACUAGACCGUACGGACUGCUCACGUGAUGGGGGCACGUUUCUGUUCUGUUUUGGUCCAAGCCAAUGGCAUAGCUGCCGCUCUCACCCUCCCGAUGGGAAUCCUGGCUCUGCAGAACCCAUCCUUUUCUCAGUGUGGGUGCCAGGGCAUCACCUCCCUCCACACGUACGUUAAAGGUUUCCGGGUGGGACUGUGGAAUCAUGUGGCUGGUGAGAAUCACCUCUGCCCAGCCCGAGCUUCACCCAGACGGAAACGCCUGUGCUGCAGUGGGUGAUGGGUGUCGGCUGGUCUCUCUUGAGCAGAUAAGCGAUCCCGCCCUCCCGCGGGGGACGGGCACCUGCCUUGUGCCAGAUCUUCAUGGGGCCAUAAAGGGUGGUGAGCCCCGAAUCACUAGCUCCUACAGCCAAACCGUUCCUUUCUCACGGUUCCACCCCAGCCUGGCUCUAUACAGCUCAUCAAGCCACUGAGAUAAUCGGGGGUGGGGUGCUUGUCCAUCAAAGCAGUUAGCACAUAGCCCAGGAGGGAGCCACCGGGCCAGACCCACCUGCAAGGGGCGCUCCAGCUGCCUGCCGCCUCCUGUGGGCUAGGGCCAGCAGGGGCGAGGGGGUGUGGCCCCUCCAAGGCAUCCUGCAACAGCAGGCCAAGGGGCUGCGCUGAUCUUGGGCUUUCCAUGGGAACCACUGUGCCUCAACUUCAACAUUCAUCCCCAACUGCAAAGGAGCAAAGAACCCAUCUCCUCCUCGUCUGUCCAGAAGCUGCGUCUUUCUCCCGUGCACAUCCAGGAGCUGGUGCUGGUGGCCGCCACAGCUCUGACUCCACCUCCUGUUCUCACGUGAGGCAAAGAUCUCCCUUUUCUCUUUACUUAAAAACGGAGAGAAGAGCGUUCUAGAUUCCAUCUUCAAACCGAGUCUUCCCAUAAAAUUGGACAUAGGGAAGGACCUUCACUGCCUGCGUGGUCUUUCCCAGAGCCCUCCUCUCGAAUGCCACAAAACCAGCCCCGCCCUGGCAGAGGCACCCUCAGCCCUUGUGGCUCCUGCUGACCCCCCCCACAGGGAAGCCGUCUGCACAGUGGCUCCAAAGGAGUGUGGCCUAGGGGUCCGCCGUAAGUGGCCUGAGGUAGCAGGAGGGCCCAGCGUCACCUUCUGGUCCUGGUCAGCCUUAACCCUGGCAUCCUCCACAGCACACACGACGGCCCGCGGUCUGGAAAGCGGACCCGGCCUUCGCAGAGGCGCACAGAGCCGCAGGCCCGCGCAGCAUCACCCGGCCUUCCGCUCGUGACUGCGAGGACGUCGGCUCUUGUAGAGCACUUUUUAAAGCUCCCAUUUUGUAACCACUAGUUUGCAGUUGGCUUUAGUACUCUGGUGACUUACUGCAUGAAGUGUUUUCAAACCGUGAGAAUGCGUGCAGCUCCAGGCAGGUCUUCCUGAGAGUUCAGUCUUCUCUUGAAGUCAGGGAGGCAGGAUGGAUACACAUAGAUCACACAGAACAUGCCAGGCUCGAGGCUGAGUCCCUGGAGGUCCACAUGCAGCUUCCCUGGAGGGCAGGCAGGAGGCACUCCCGCCCCAGGGGCUCCCAGGCCCGUUCAGAUGCUGCCUCCGACCUCUCCCUCAGCGGCCAUCAUCCGGCCAAUACUGACCAGCAAUGAUAGACUCUUCUUAACCCUUUCAAAAGAAGAAAUUUUUCAGUGGGACAGAAAGAGUUUAAAAAAAAAUUUUUUUUCUAAGGUGGUAACAUCUGACCCACAAGGGGAUGGGUCUGUUUUACGUGAAAUAAAAGUUUUUCAAAGAAA